CAAAAAUAGCAGGGAGGGGGCUUUUCAACCCUGAACCCCAACGUCAUCAUCGAUCUGAUAGGAUCGACAAACCCCCAAUCAAUAUCUCUCCAAUAAAAACUUCACGCGACUACGAUGGAUCAGAUAGCCCUCAACCAUGAGGCCUCGGCCGGCGACACGCAUAAGCAAUUAGUGUCGUCGCUACCACCGGAGGUCGUACAAUGUCUUGAAAACGCCCGUUUCCUUCAUCUGGCGACAUGCACCGACAACCAGCCGCACGUCUCGUUGAUGAAUUAUACGUAUAUCCCUUCCUCUCAGUUCUCUUCCGCGCCGGUUAUCGUGAUGACGACGAAUCCCUCGUCUAAGAAGACCAAUAAUCUAGUCGUCAAUCCGAACGUUUCGUUAUUAGUCCACGACUGGGUCUCACAUAGACCACCAACCCAAGGCCGACGAAUGUCCGGCGGAUCCCCCGGGCCCGAACACAGAUCAAGCCUGGCGUCGUUGCUGCUGAAUCUCAACACCAGUGCUAUAUCGAGCAUCAGCGCCACCAUCAACGGUACGGCGGAAUUGGUGGCGCGCGGCUCCGAGGAAGAGUCGUUUUACCGGAGCCAGCACCUCGAGAACAACACAUUCGACUCGGAAGGCGUCGUCGGCGCGUUUAACGGAGGCGGCGGCGAGCAGCUACCGGAGGACGGAGGCCGCGAGUGUUUCGUCGCGGGCGAGGAGGUACGGGUCAUACUCGUGCACAUCAAGGACAUAAGGACGAGCGACUGGAAGGGUAGCGUCAAGGAUUGGGUCCUGGCGUCGGAGGGUAAUGCGCCGAACGUGAAUGGCGCGAGAUGAGUCCACAAGUACGUAGUUGAGCUGUCGACUGAAAGUCAGAUGGUGAUUUGAGAUAUGCUGGACAAGGUGUGUACACUUAAAUUGGUAUGUCUAAUCUGGUGUAUGGGAUCUAUUCUAUGUACUAUCUAUGAUGAGAAGGCGAUUAAUCACAAGCACAUUCGAAAGAUCAAGCAUGACCAAGUUAGGGGAGCACUGGAAGUAUGAACGGUUGCCCGGCUUCCGAACUUGUACUGCAAAUGGUUCAAAAUUAUUUGGUUAACAGACUCAUCCAAUCGAAAUGUGUAUAAUUACAACUCAAUGCAUCCAUCGCUACCCAGUUAGGUAUUGGCAAACCUCCGAACUCAUUCACAAGGAGCUCCUCCGCAAAAACACUCCCAAACAGCACUCUCAACAGUCAAGUUCCAAAACUGAUCUGAUCAAGUUGAGUUAGUCCCGGCUCAUAUUAUCUUUUUGAUGAACUGGUCAGGGAACAUACCAAGUUGCGGCUCGGAAGCUUUCUAACUGAUAGAUAAUUCCACUCUUAGAUAUGUUUGGAUUGGUUAGAAUAGGACAUAUAAUCAAUCCUAGUUCAUUUUCAAUCCCGCUCUUCGAAGUCGGC